UCUUGAACGUAAGCGGAACUCAUCUGGAACAAACUUCUCCCAAAAAAUUCCAAGAUGGCGAUGUCACGUAAAGACCUAGACAUUCUGCGCCCGAUGAUUGACCGAGCUGUCCAGAAGUUCUUGGGCUUCAGUGAAUCAACUCUUGUGACAGCGGCUCUCAACUGUGUGGACAAAGGUUAUGAUAGGAGAAAGACAAGAGAUAAACUAGCAUCAAUUCUGGACGAAAAGCAGGCUAAAGGCUUCACUGAAAAACUCUUCGAAGUGAUCUCAGAUUUUGGUUCUUCGAGUAAAAAAUCACGAAAAAGAAAGGAAGGUGACAGAGAGAGGGAGAGAGACAGAGAUAAGUCUGAGAUACCUCCAGAAGAAAUAGUGCCACCAGAGGCAAAGAAAGUACGGAAGAUAGAGGAUGCUGUGACUGCUGUACCAGAGCCUGGUGCUCCUAGUCCCGGGCAGCUAACAGCAGAUAAGAUCAAAGAGAUGAUGGCGAAUGCCCAACGCAUGAUCCAACAGAGGAAGAUUCAACUCCAGGCGACAAUGCCCGUGCCUAUACCCAUGCCCUCCCAGCCGCCACGGCAAGAACCACCACCACAAGAUAUGUCAGACAAGGAGAAACGUGCCAAGGCUUUGCAGGAGAAGAUUCAAGCACAGUUGUUGAAUGCAGGCUUGGGGACUGCUAAUGCAGUUGGUGGGCAGAAGAUAAUAGCACAGGCUCCUGGCGCAUCUGGCCAGUACAGACCAGCACCUGUCUACUUGGACGAAAUGGGCCGCACCAUUGAUGUCAACACUGGAGAAGCAGUGCAACUGACACACCACAUGCCGACCCUAAAGGCCAACAUCCAUGCGAAACGCCGAGAACAAUUCAAGCACAAUCUCUCCGAGAAAGCUCCCGAGGAUAUUGCAGAGUCGAAAUUUUUCGAUACGCGUGUCAGUAUACGAGGAUCUGGGAGGACGAAGAGAUCAUUCAGGUUUCAUGAGGAGGGAAAGUUUCAGCAGUUGGCUCAGAGAAUGAGGACUAAGGCUCAACUUGAGAAACUUCAAGCUGACAUCGCUCAGACUGCCAAGAAAACUGGUAUCGCCUCAGCGGCUAAGCUGGCUACGAUCGCCCCCAAGAAAGAACUGAGUGAGGGUGAAAUACCAGACACAGAAUGGUGGGAUAGUAUCAUCCUCCGCGGCGAACAAUAUGAAAACGUAAUCGACGAAAAUGACGAAAUCGACAUUGGCCUGUUUGAAGGAAUAACCCGUCUCGUCGAGCAUCCUAUUACGAUGAAGCCACCUGCUGAGACAGACAAGCCUGUUAGCAUCCCGGUCAUCCUGACGAAAAAAGAACGGAAAAAAUUGCGCCGGCAAACUCGAAAUGAGGUGCAGAAAGAAACGCAGGAGAAGAUUCGCCUCGGUCUUCAGCCACCGCCAGAACCUAAAGUGAGGAUGGCAAAUCUUAUGCGGGUCCUCGGUAACGAGGCAGUGCAAGACCCAACGAAAGUUGAGGCCCACGUCAGGGCACAGAUGGCAAAGAGACAAAAAGCUCAUGAAGAAGCCAACGCACAAAGAAAACUUACACCCGACCAGCGGCGGGAGAAGAAGUGCCGAAAACUUAAAGAGGAUACGUCAUUAGGCGUGUACGUCUCGGUCUAUAGGGUUCGAAACCUGAACAAUCCCGCCAAAAAGUACAAGGUCGAGGCAAACUGUAAACAACUCUUCAUGACUGGUUUCGUUGUCCUCUUCAAGGAUUGUAAUGUUGUCGUAGUGGAAGGAGGGCCGAAACAACAGAAAAAGUUCCGUCACUUGAUGCUCGACCGAAUCAAAUGGGCUGAAGAUAAAACGAAGGACAAAACAGAUGUGGAUGAAGAUGGGGAAAAGAAGGUCAACAAAUGUGAUUUAGUUUGGGAGGGCAUGACGAAGAACCGAUCUUUCUCAGAUAUCAUCUUCAAGUUCUGUCCGACAGAAACAUUUGCCCGUGAGCAGUUUAAAAAACACAAUGUGGAGGAAUACUGGGACUUGGCGUACAGUGGAGCAGUCUUGGAGGCAGCGGGAGACAAUUUAUGAGACGAAAAUCAGGACUAUUAUCGAUUCCUUUGAACUAACUGCAGUACUGCCACUGCUACAGGAUAAGAAAUCAGAAAUACUGUGGUAUACUGGUUAGUGAACAAUCCACAAUCUUGGUUGUUGGCUUGUACAUCGGUUUGGUCACUUCUCAUUGAUGAGCUCAGUCUUCGCAGUGUAUAAGCCUGAGCUCGUUGAUGCCUCUGUGGAGGCCAAACAAAAGACAGGUGUUGUGAAGAUCUUCAGGACAGGCCUUGUUCAAGGAGGAACAUGUAGUGUCUGUGAGAGACGCAUAAACUUCACUUUUGUCAACAACAUGCUUGUUAUCAUUACUUAUAAAAAGCAUUAAAAAUUCAAAUAUUUAGGAUGCGAGUUGGAAUAUUAACAGUCGAGUCGCAUUGUAAAUGUGUUAGUGUGUACAUUGCUCCAAGUUACUAUGGAAUUUAGUAAGGAUGGACAAUAAAAUCUAUGUGUUA